AUGAAUGUAAAAAAUUAUAUAUUACGCAAACUUGUUGGUGAUUCUUCAAAUACAUUGACAGUUGAAUCUGUGCAGAGAAUUCUGGAAUCCCAAAAGGAUGAAGAUAGAAUAUUUAGAGCAAUUAUUAAUUCAUCAUUAUCCAAUUAAAAACUACAGACAACCAAUUCAGAUUUCCUCAUCAAUUCUUAAACCGAAUUUGGCAAUCUUUUGUUGAACUAACUGCAAUCCAGCUUAUAAUCCAUAAAAUCAAAGAAUUAACUUUUAUCAAUAGACUAGUAUCCUAUAGACAUCAAUUAGUUUAACGUUGACAUAUCAUAAACUGAUUUAAUCAAAUAAUAACUUUAGCACAUCUACCGAUUAUACAAAGCUACUAUUCGUUAAAAUGGUGAUGGAUUAAAGGAAACUUCAAACUACCUUGCCAAUCUAAACUAAACAGAGUAAAUUAUUGAAUCCCAAUAUGCGUAAUAAUGUAUUCUAAAAGCUCCUCAGUUUAUUCAAGGCAUAGAUUAAAUUAAUGUAUGGUGUGAUAAAAGUACAACUCUACAUUAGACAGUAACCUAAACUAGAUAGUUAUUGUAAUAAAGUAGAACUUCAUCAUUAAAACAAUAAUUGUAAAUUGUCGAAAAAUACAAAUCCAUCUAAAGAAUUAAGUAUACAUUAGAAAAACUGAUGAUACUAAAAUAGACCUUUGGUUAAUUGGCUUAAGCAAUGAAUAAAUACGAUGAUAAUGCAUAUGAAAUCAUACCAAUUAUGAAAGAGACACAAGUUAAUAUUAAUAAAUAUAAAUUGAAUGAAUUGAAAUUAUCCUGCAUUAGCGAUAAUUUUUUUGAAAAUAAAAUAGAAUCCUUAAAAGAAAGAAUUAAAUAAGGCAUUCUAGCUAAUUUUAUGAAGUUUGAUGAAAAGAAAUAUUGUUCUCUUUUGAAAAGUUAUUAUUUCAUUGAAAAACAUUAUCAAAUGCAAUCCUACUUAACUUAAAUUUGGGGUUUGGCAAAAAAGAGUAUUAGCUUAACCUUCAAAAAUGCCAUAAAGUUAUUUGAAUAAUCCUAUAUUCCUAACAAGAUCUAUCAAAAUUGUUAAGAUGAAGACUUACUCUAAUUCUACAAAUUGUUAUAUAGUGAAUUAGUAGAAUAAAUGCUAAAUUUCCACUAUUGCAAUAGAUUCCAUUAAGAAAACGAUUUUACAAUAGAAGAAGAGUAAAGCAAUAGUAAAUUCGAAGAGUAUACUGAAUAGAUUAGACAAUCAUAUUUAGAAAUGAGAUAGCUAAUUUGGCAAUAAAUUUAAAAGAAACUUGCGAAAAUCAUCACUGCUCAUUUAAUCAAUAUUAAAUCGCUUGUUAUUGAACAAUUAAUCUACUUCUUAGGCUAUAAUUGCUUAUUAAUUAAAAGAGCCGAAGACUUUAGUCAUUCUGAUUCCCAAAAUUUGACUAAAUGCAUAAUCGAUAUCUAUACGAGCUUUGUUUAAUAGUUUCAUAAAGCAAAUCUAAAAUCUAUAAGUACGUACUUACAGAAUGAAUUGUACCAAAGAUUGCCUUUAACAAAAGAUUCAAAAUUAAAUGCAUAAUUAGAAUAGCUAAAAAUUUUGAAUUAAGUUAAUAAAAAGCUGUUUGAAUAUUUGAUUGAAAAAAGAGAAGAAAACUACCAACAAGAAGCAAAGAAAACAGUUGAUUUUUAAGAUUUAAUAAAUAAUGAUAAGGAGAUGCAAUUGUUUUAUUUAUUUGAAUAUCAAAAUCCUUUUGUACUGUAAUAGGAAGAGUUCGAUCUAAUUAUCAAAGCAAUUUGGAUUAAGAAGUAUACCACUUAAUCCACAGGAGUUUUGAAUUAAAUUGAAUCAGUUUUAUCAUCAUCCAGCAUAAGAAUCUUGGAAUUGUUACCAUAAUAUGCAUUGCUCUCCUUCUAUCACCCUUCAUGCCAAUAACAAAUCGUAAGUAACUUCCUUCAAUUGCUUGAACUCUAUAUGUUUGUUUCGUAUAAUUAAUUGGUGGGGAUACAUUAGUAAAAAUAAUUGUUAGAAAAUUUUGCACAAAUAAUAAAGUUUGAUGAAAGCAAAGAAACUGAAUUCUUUGUUUAAACUUAUGAUUCAUUUAGUGAUUGUUUAGUUCUAUAAGAGCGAUUUUGUUAUUUCAAAAGAUUUGUAUAGAGGUUUAGCAAAGAAGGAAUUGAUUCUAAAGAGCUAGAUAUAUUUUAAUCCAAAGAGAAAAGAUAAUUUGUUGAUAUUGCAGAAAGAGCAAUAGCUUCGGAAUCCUUAGCAUAUCUACUUUCUUAAACUAAAACUGUAUUCUCUCUGAUUGGAAUAACAUCAUAAAACUUUGAUAUUUUUAAAGAAGUCUAUAAUCAAUAUAAAGAAUUCAUUUAUAGAAAUUUUGUGUAAACCUAUAUAAAGAUCGAUGGAAUUGUAUAAUAUGUGCCAUAAUAAAGGUGGGAUCUCAAAGAUCUACACAAUGAAAAUAAUAGUAUUUAUUUGGAUAGAUUGAUAUAAUUUAUUAUUGAUUAAAAAGAAAGAUUGAAAAGCAUAGGAGGAGGUGUAAUACCACCAAAUGCUCAAAAGGAUAUUUUUUCGUUUUUAGCAGAACACUGUUUGAAUAUAUUAUUGGAAACCUACGGAAAAAUUAAAAAAUUAAAUUCAAUAGGUAGAGAUCAAAUGGUUUUCGAAUAUACUACAUGUUGUUAAUCAAUAGAAUCGAGUUAGAAGAAUAGUAAGGAAGUCGUGCUUAAUCCAAAGAUCACUAUUAUGUAAUUAGAAUACUUGAAAGUCUUCAAUUCCUAAUAAUAUGAGGAGAUUGAUUAAUAUAUCUAAAAAUCGAAAACUUUGAUCCCAUUACGAUUGUUGUAUAAUUUGAUGAGUUCAAGUUCAAGUUAUAAUAAAUUAUCAAAAUAAUAGAAAAAAGAUAUUUCAGUAAAGUUUUUCAAAGAUUAUUAUGAUACAUUUAAGUUAUUUUGA